AAUUUAUUAUUAAUGUUAUUUUACCUUUCAUAUAUGAUGUAAUGAAGUUAUACUUUUUUUAAAAAAUAUCACAAAAAAUUACAAAUAACUCUUUACUGUUACUGUUCUUCUCUUAAAGAAUCUAUAGAAUAUUACGAUUCGAUACGCACUAAACACAGUUGAAGUUCCAACUAUAUUACUACGAACUACAAUGUUCGUUCCCUCUACAACAUUAGCUAUUCAUUACACUGUAAAUAAAAAAUCAUAUGAAAUAGAAAAGGAAUAUACAAAACGAUGACAAUAUUAUUGAACAUGUUUUGAAUGAAGGGGAAUAAAAUUCUAUGUUUUGGUAUCUAUAAUUUUAUCUAGUCUAAAUUAUAAAGAAUUUCUUGUGAAGAAGUUUCGUUGAAAUAUAUAAGGAAAUAUUUUACUUGCAAACAUCAAAUUUUGCAUAAAGGGGAAAUAUGAAGAAACCGUUUAAUAAAUCGAUCGAUUAUUAUAUAUUACCAAAUAAGAUUUUCUGUAGUAUAGCUGGAAUGUGGCCUAUCGAUGAGAAAAGUUCAAUGUUCAGUAAAAUAUUUGCAUAUGUUCGUUUGAUAUUUGGAUUAAUAGUAGUUAGUAGUUUUUUCAUACCUGAAAUUAUAAUAAUAGCAAUGAAUUGGAAAAAUAUAAAAAUUAUAGCAGGGAUAGGAUGUGUUUUAACAACAAUUACACAAGUAUUAUUUAAAAUGCUAUAUCUAAUAGUGAGAAGAGAAAAAACAUAUUCGCUUUACUAUAAAAUACGAAGUCUGUGGAAUUCUUCUAAUGAUUCUAAAGAAAGGCCUUACGAAGAAUUCGCUUAUUGGGCACGAAUUUUUUCGAUAAUUUUUUAUUCAUCUUGCAUGUGCAAUGUAUUCACAUUCUCUAUUGCUGCGGCUAUUGAUUAUUUUAAAUUCGAAUAUAAUGCCAAUAACACUGAAAAUAAUCGACAUUUACCUUUUAUUGUUUGGUAUGGAACAGACAUCUCCGCAUCUCCAAACUUCGAAAUUGCAUUUUUUUAUCAAAUUAUAUCAGCUUCAAUUUGUGCCGCAGUCAUUUCUGGCUUGGAUACUUCGCUUAUGACUAUUAUAUUACACAUAUCUGGACAAUUUAAAUUGAUCAAUAUUUGGAUCAAUAAUAUUGGAAUUGAAAUAAAUUGUAAUCCUAAUUACAUACGAAAAUUAAAAAUAGAUUUAAUCAAAUGCAUUCGUCAUCAUCAACAAAUAAUACAUGUGGUAAAUAAUGUGAAUAAUUUAUUUACUCCCAUUAUUUUCAUUCAACUUCUGACAAGCGGAAUUGAAAUUUGUUUAAGUGGAUACGCAGUACUCGAUAGUGAUUCAGCGAAUGCUGAUCUAUUGAAAUUUAUAUCUUAUUUCAUUUCCAUGGGAAUACAACUUCUAUUAUGGUGCUGGCCUGGUGAAAUCCUUAUUCAAGAAAGUCAAGAAAUAGGACACGUAAUCUAUCUCAAUAUACCGUGGUACAAUCUUCCUCCGAUCUAUCAGAAAUAUUUUUGUCUUAUGAUUGUUAGAACGCAACAAUAUUGUCGUAUCACAGCAUUAACUUUCCAAACAUUAUCUAUUUGUACAUUAACAAGCGUAUUCAACACUAGUAUUUCAUAUUUUACUUUAUUACGACAAAUACAACAGUAAACUUCAAAAAAAAAUGAUGAACGCUAUCUACGAUUUUGUUCAUUAAAAACAAAUGCUAGAAAAGAUAAUCAAAUGUACACCUCUAACCGUGUAAUAUCUUUAUAUUAUAGUUCGGAUACUAUUUUGUAAUUAAUUAAAGAAGUAAAUUUUAAUUUCUUAUCAUACCUGACGUUAUUUUUCAAUCGAAUGUUGUCCAUAAUAUUCAAUCUAAAAACGCUCGUCAAUCGUGGAAUACUAAACAAUCAAAUCGUUAAUCGACAAACGUUUGACAAUUGUAUAACGUUUCAUUCUACGAUUUGUCUUUUACUAAUGAAGAGAAUACGAUCAACAUCAAAGAUACAUUCUACCGAAAAAAAAAAUGAUGAAUUUAAUAAAGAUGAAUUGGAAAAUAACUUAAAGGAUACUGAACAACAUUCUUUGGUCAAAAAUAAAAAUAUAAAAAAUGAGAAAAUAAUUAAUGUAACAGAAAUAUUAAAUUCUUCAUCAAAAGAUGUUCAAAAUCAUGAGCAGAAUGAAAAAAAUAAGCUUAAUUUAAAAAGUUUAAGAGAUAG